AUGGCCUCUGUUCUGCCCGCCGAAGCUCGCUCCGAGUCUGCAGGUAUCUGCCUGUUCAACAAGUGGACCUUCGACGAUCUCGAGAUCAAGGAUAUCUCCCUCGCCGACUACAUCCAGGUUCGCAACCCCGUGUACCUGCCCCACACCGCCGGUCGCUAUGCCACGCGCAAGUUCCGCAAGGCCCAGUGCCCCAUCGUUGAGCGUCUGACCAACUCGCUCAUGAUGCACGGCCGUAACACCGGUAAGAAGCUGAUGGCUGUCCGUAUCGUCAAGCACGCUUUCGAGAUUGUCAACCUGCUCACCGACCAGAACCCCAUCCAGGUUCUUAUCGAUGCCAUUACCAACACCGGUCCCCGUGAGGACUCGACCCGUCUGGGCUCGGGCGGUACCGUCCGUCGCCAGGCUGUUGAUGUGUCGCCUCUGCGUCGUGUCAACAAGGGUAUCUACCUGAUCACCGUUGGUGCCCGCGGAGCUUCGUUCCGUAACGUCAAGACUAUUGCCGAGUGCCUGGCCGAUGAGCUGAUCAACGCCGCCAAGGGUUCGUCCAACUCGUACGCCAUCAAGAAGAAGGACGAGGAUGAGCGUGUUGCCAAGUCCAACCGUUAA